UUUGUGUUUCAGUUGGUUGCUGUAUGUUGUUUCUUUCAUCUUAAUGUACUUUAAAUACUAAGAAAAAAAAAGAAAAUAGAGCUUUUCGUACUUUUUUAUAAGUAUUAUUCACACAAAACCACAAAACAGUAAACAGUCAAAUUAUAAAGAAUAUAAUUGAAGGUCAGUCGCAUUAAUUAAAAUUCAAAACAGUGACGACAUCGCUAUUUUUGUUUACAAAACCCGUAUUUCACAAGCGUUUGAAAGAAUGUCGGACCUAUCCUACCUUGAUACGAUCUCAAACAAGGAGCUGCAUGAUAAAUGCUUGCAAUAUGGCCUGCCCAAUAUACCGGUCACCGAUUCAAGUCGCCAAGUGAUUCUGCGUCGACUACGCGCCACCAUUUUAGGCGUUCCCUUGAAUAAAAGCAAAAAUGCAACUUCAGCGGCAAAGAAGACACCUAGACGUGAAACAAUUCACAGCAGUAAGGCGACACCGUCCACUGAGAUGAAUGCGAACAAUAAUCGUGUUGCAGGUAAAAGUCCAAGUCGCAACAACAACAACAAUACUCGCCGCACAAUUGCUGCAGCUGCGCCUGACAUUUAUUAUCCGCUGGAGAACUCGUCAGUCCGUUCUAUGCAAACAACAACAACAGUCUCGGAUGUCGGAUCACAGUCUGAGGAUGAUGAUUAUUGCAUGAACAAAUCGCCAAGCUUCAAAUAUUCGAAUGCCGGACAACGGGAAGAUGAACGUCAGCGUCGUUCAGUUUCGUUGACCAAAUCUGGAGUGUUGACCACGUCGUAUACGCGUGAGGUGAAUCAGCCACACUAUGAAGAUAAAGAUGAUCAGCCGCAAAGCCAUACCUACCAGCGUCCACAUGUUGCACCUUCACAUGCGCUGCCCAGCUAUGAGCCUCGUGUUGAACGCACCUAUAGCUCGGGUUUACCUAGACAGCAUUUGACACAAUCUCUGUUGAACUCGACUAGUUAUUACGAGGACACUCCGGACUACAAUGAGCAGCCAAUACCGCAACGCAGCACAUACAAUGGAUCUGCGGCACCAUUCAAUACGGGAAGUGCACCUAAUGCAACAAUCAGACAGCGUCAGACCAUUGGAGACAGUGGAUUUGCAAGAGGACGCCUUAUCCAACCCACGUAUCAGGCAAAUACACUGUACCCCCAGCUGAACGAGUUCUAUGAUCAACGCACAAAUAAUGAUGAGCCAAUGGAUUUGGAUACGGACAGUGAGCCUGAAGCUGAUAUUCAUCAGCAGCAGCAGCGAUCUUAUGGCAACACCGUCGAGUCGCCCUACUUGAGCACAUUUUCUCGGCAGCUAAAUGCAGGAAAACGCUCAUCACCGUUGUCCAGACCACAGCCACGUCAGACCCUAGCGAAGGCCGACCAAGACUCGCCCAGGGAACAAUUUCGUCUAAUGCUUCGGACUUUGGAUCAGAAAUAUCAUCUCAAGUUUUACUUCUUUCUAAUGAUUGCUGUUGUGCUUACUACAUUGGUUUAUGUCGUUUUGACACCCUGAAUCUGAACGCUUCUUUGACUUAGUAAAUUUGUAUGUAAGCAUCUUAUAUACGAACGUUUGUUACCAGGCUUAUUAAUAUAAUGAAUAAUUGUAACGAUUAUAUUUCAUAAAUAAAAUUCAAGAAAA